GGCCCGUCUGCUGUGCUGAGUUUCUUGUUUGCAGUCUUGUGGUGGUGUUGUUAUGUAGUAAAUCAUAGAAUAAUGGUAUUGGAUUGGGGUGGUGUUUCUGGUAUGGUUAUGUUAAAAAGGAAUUAAUGAAAUGGCUACUAGUUCUGAUAUAGGAUCUUAUAAUCGACCUUGUGGUUGGUGUGUUAAAGCUGUUAAAUGGAUUCCUGUUUUAUUUCUCCUUUGCAUUAUUGUUUGGUCAUACUAUGCAUAUGUGGUACAGCUAUGCUUCAUGAUUGUGCCCAAUGUAUUUGAGAAGAUAAUUUAUCUACUUGGCUAUCACAUAGCUUUUGUUGUAUUCAUAUGGUCAUAUUACCAAACAGUCUUCACACCUGUUGGGGUUGUUCCUCGUAAGUUUAAAUUACCAAAGGUGGAACUUGAAAAAUUACAACAAGCGGAUAAUGAAGAAAGUCACAGACAAAUAAUUGAACAUUUUGCAUCUUCUCUCCCUGUGACAAACAGGACUGUUACUGGAGCAAUACGUUAUUGUGAGAAGUGUCAUCAAGUGAAGCCGGACAGAGCUCACCACUGCAGUGUUUGUGGCCAGUGUGUGCUCAAGAUGGACCAUCAUUGUCCCUGGGUCAACAACUGUGUCUCAUUCACUAACUAUAAAUUUUUCAUUUUAUUUUUGGGAUAUGCAUUAACAUACUGCAUAUAUAUUGUGAUCACGAGUGUGCAGUAUUUUGUCCAGUUUUGGAAGGGUGACUUAGAAGGAAUGGGGCGCUUCCAUAUUUUAUUUUUAUUCUUUGUGGCAGCCAUGUUUGCUGUUAGCCUUGUAUCAUUAUUCUGCUACCACUGUUAUUUAGUAGUACACAAUAGAUCAACUUUAGAAGCCUUCCGAGCACCUAUAUUCCGUACUGGAGUCGACAAAAACGGGUUUAGCUUAGGAGCAUACAAUAAUUUUCAAGAAGUUUUUGGAGACAAUCGAGCGUGCUGGUUUCUCCCUGUUUUUACCAGUUUGGGGGACGGCGUAGUUUAUCCUGUGAGAUCGCAACACCAAUGUGGACAAUACAACUCAAUUGGUGUAACUGUCAACAGUAUGGGAGAUGGCAUAGUGUUCCCCCAGAGACUUGUGGAUGAAGACACAGAUCAGUUACUGGGAGGUCGCCAAAGGUGGUCUGAAGAUGAGUCACCUACCCACUCAGUGAGGUCUCCUCAGAGACUUAUCAGAGACAGGGAGCCAGCUCCAGUCUGAUGCAGGUUGUGUAAGAAUCACCAAGGUUCCUUGUAUGGACUGUGUAUCAACCUUAGUAGAUGGUUAUGAUAAGUUAAAAUGCAUACAUAAUACAUUUAUAUGUACAGCAAUUUAGUGUUAUAAGUUUUAAAAUUACUUAAUGUAAUCUUAUUUUUGUUUACAAUAGUUUGUAUUAGUGUUUUAAAAUAAUUUUUUAUUGUUAACUAAUGCAGGAGGCAGUAAGGGACCAUAGUGUAUCUUUAAAGUUUUAGAAGUAGUGUAUAUUAAAUUUGAUUACUAUUGUAUCUACUAAUUACUGUGAAUUGAACGUUAAUCAUUUUAAUUUCGUUGAGCUGAAAUAAAGUGAAAUUAUUUCAUUUAUAGACUUUAAAUUACAAUUACAUUGCUUCUAUAGAAAAUGAUUUCUGUAUUUUUAAAAUUUAGAUUUUUUUCAGAAAAAUAACGGUUUCAUCUGAUGCGAUUGGGGCCAAGCUUCAGGAUUUAAUAUAAAGAAUGUGAUAUCUCCCGUAACCCCUGAAGUGGCUUGCCCUUCCCUGGGAAGUAUAUUAUAAGAACUCCUUUCUGUAAUGUCACAUGAAUGUUUUCAAUAGGAAUUGGUAGAAUAUCCAUUGAAUAAAGACAAAUAAUGUUAUGUCAUCUUAUAAUAAUAAAUCAAUGUAAUGGAGUAUUGAAGGACCCGACAGAAUGUAAUGAGUUAACGCAGAGAAAGACAUUUGACUUUUGAUUCUAAACUCAAUUGAGUUCUUCCUUUGACUAAAAUAAAACCAUAUGUCAGUUUUCAAGUCUGUAUGGCUUUUCUCUUGAAUUAUCGCAGACAGGAGGCUCUUUCAGAAUAUACCUAACUGUACAGAAUACCUAAUAUUAUUAGAAAGUAAAGCUGCUACAAUGGCACUACACUCUUUUGACUAGACUCUUUGACUCUCAAAGGUAGUAUGAGAAUACAGAAAUUGUGUAAUGGAACUGGUGAAGAGUAACAAGUUGUCCUUUUGUAGGUGCCAGGUCAUGAAGGCAUUCUUGGAAAUGAAACUUUAAACGCCCUGGCCAAUAUAGGUUUUGAAAGCUUUAUGGUAGGACCAAAGCCAGGCUGUGGAGUAGCCUUCUCCUACAAAAUGUAAUUACAGUAGUCCCUCUAUAGUCCGGCUCUGUGCCAGUCAGGUCAGUAGACAAAGGCAGGGUGUCAUCAUAGCCGUCAAUUUGUGAGGCCAGCUCAUAACGACAGUGUAUUUAACAGCAUUGUUUUCCCGUUUUUGAAUAGUAUACAAAUAAUAGAGAAAGUUAGUGAGAUAUUUUGGUGAUAAUUUUAUGUUUUGUUGCUUAUUGUGUCAUUCAUAAUUAUGGUGGUUAGUAUUUGUAGUGUGUUAAGUCGAUAAAUUUUGUACUGUAUAAUAAUGAUAGCAACACAGUGAGGUUGUACUGUACUGUGACUUUAUUUGUGGUUUAAAAUAUUAUCUAAUAUUGGAAUCAGCAUUUUAUUACUUUUUUCUUACUAUUUUUUUUUAUAAAUCAGCAGAUGAGCCUUAUAAACAAAAGUUUCCUAAAGUUGUCAGUGAUUUGAAACUUGAUUCGGACCAGGUGUAUAAUGCUGACAAAAGUGGACGUUUUGGAGGUAUUAACAUAAAAAUAAUACUUGUGCAUAAGUGCUCCAGGCUCCAGGUCAAAAAAUUUUGAUAGGUAGAAUAAUUUAUGCCAUGUGCUAACUUUUUUAUUUAAAGACUCUAUUGUACAUCUUUAUGGUAAGAAUUGAUUUUUGUGUAACAAAAAAAUUGUAUUAUGUAAUUUAAAUGUGUUUUUCAACUGAACUGCAGUAAUCCGGCUUUUUGACUAAUCCGACACAUAUCUGGUCUGAAUUGUGUCCGAUUAUUGAGGGACUACUGUAUCUGGAAAAGAGGGUCAGAUCCGAGACAUGGAGAAAGGCCUCAGGACUCAAUGUUUACCUCUCCUUAUGCUAAUAGAUGGACUAGGCUCCUAGAUCUAAGGAAGGGGGUUAUAUGACUUCUACUUAGAAUGUUAGCAGAACAUGGCCGUCUUCGGUAACAUGUGAUGAAGGUGGGUUUAAAUCAGUCUGAUGAAUGCAGACUCUGUGGAGAGACAAAACAAUCAAUGGAACAUAUCUGGCUGAACUGUCCUGCUGUUUUAAAACCAUAAAAAAGUCCCCAGGACUUUAUUUCUUGAGCCGAAGGAAUAUUAGAGAACAGAAGCCCACAAAUCUAAUUGGUUUUGCAGAAGCUUCAGAUUUGAGGGAUGCAAAACCAGUAAGGAACUCAGUAAGGAAGGUGCAAAGGUCCUUUUAGUCCUAGACUCUUCCCUCCGAUAAAAAAAUAGAAAAUUUUAUACCAAUUUUCAAGUCUAUGACUUUCCUGUCAAUAGUUAUUGCUCAGGCAGGCAGAUGGACAUUUUUGACUUUUAAACACCAAAAUGAAUAGAGUUCUUCUUUGGACCUGUAGAAACCUAUGUUCAAAAUUUCUAAUCUUUGGUACCUUUCAAUCAAGAGUUAUCAGAUAGAUAGACAGACUGUCCUUAACUUUUUAACCCUAAAAUCAAUAGAGUUCUUCCUUGGGCCAAAAGAAAACCGUAUACCAAAUUUCAAGUCUCUGGGACCUUUCUAUAAAAAUUUGUCACACAAACAAACAGACAGACUGUUUUUGACCGUUUGAUCCUAAUAUUAAUAGGGUUCUUUCGUGGACAAAGAUGAGGAACCACUAUGAACCAAUUUCCAUAUAUCUAUGAUCUAUCAAAAGUUAUCACACAGACAGACAGACUCCUCUUUGACCUUUUGAUCCCAAAAACCAAUUAGGUUUUUCAUUGGACCAAGAGGAACAUAUGUUCCAAGUUUCUAAUCUCUUGGACCUUUCUAUUUAGAGUUAUUGCACAGAGGGAUGGACAAUGACAUGAUUGCAACUAGGUCCUGCCGGGUCCUUAAUAAUAAAAAUGGAUUAAAUUAUAAAAACCAAAAGAAAAAUUAAGCAUGAAAGAUUAUUGAUGGAAUGAAUGUUUGUACAUCUAAUAAAUAUGCCUUUAACAUUAGUAAACUACUUUUUUUACAUUUUCUAAAUUUUUACAUAAAUAUUACCUUUAUACAAUUAUAUUUCUUUGACAUGACAAAUAGGACAUGUAUGAUAAUAAAUACUUUAUUAUUAUUUAAACAAUCUUACAAGAAACAAUAAGGAAGUGCUAACAGUUAACAUGAAAUUAACUUUCUUAAUUCUGGAUAUUUUAUUUGCGGCAUCUCUUUAUAUUUAGAGGAACAGGUAUUUCAAUCUUGUGUGCAAAUUUUGUUUUAAAUUGUGAAAAUUAUGUUCUAAAAAUUAUUAUUCUUAGUUAUGUGGUUCUCUUGUUAUUAACAUUAUUAUUCUCAGACUAAUGUAAGAUUUAGUAUUUAGAAAAUGUGUGUAAUGCUCUAUUUGCAUUAAAUGUUUUAUAAAUACUUGCAGAUAUUCAAAUUCAACUAUAUUGCAUUUUAUUUAGAAUUAUCAGCUUUCUUUUUAUUAUUACAUAAAAACUACUUUUAUAUUGUACUGAUUAAUCACACUAGACUAUAUUCAUUUAAUACAAUUUAUUCACUUUGAAUUUUCACAAACACAUCUUCCUGAUUCCAUGACAUAAAAAGCUCUAUCACAAUGAACUUAAUCUCAAUGUUUUAGAACUUUAGCACAGCUGUAAUCGUUCAAAAACAUUAAUUUAAUUUGAUUUUUAUAAAUCAAGUAUUAGUAUAAGAAAUUGUGUUUGGUUAUUAGAAAAUAAAAAUAACUUAUAUGAUAAUUAUCUAAAAUCCUAUUGUAAGUCAAAGUGCAAGAGUCACUUUGCAUUGCCUUAUAGACACAAUCUGGUUUUACUUGAAAUUUACAGAGGAAAAUCCUUUAAGAAAGAAUUUGACAGUCAGCCGUGCUAGUUUUAGUGGAUUUAGAAAUGGGAAAUUAUUCAAAUUGUAAAAAAUAUGAGACGAUGACUUUUUCUCAAAUAAUAUAUUUUCCUACCUACACAUACUUAAAACUAACCAUAAGAAAAGUAGUAAAUCAACAUCAGCCAACCAUAUACAGACCCUGAAAGUGGUGAUGUUCAGCUCUUUAUCUACUUGUCUGAAGGUGAUUUAACUGCUACUAUUUAUGUGUCAAAUGUAUAAGCUAGGAAAUUAUCAAGUGAGGGCAUCAUUUCAUAUUUUAACCCUUUUGAUGCCCUCUUAUUUCUACUCCGGUCAAUACUAGCAUGACUGACAAUAAAUUUUUCAUAGCAAAAAUUCCUCUAUUAUUUUUAAGAAAAACCAAAUAGUGCACAAUUCAAAUUGGCUCUUGGCUCAUAAACUAUUAACAUAUUUAAUUUUGAGUAUAAAUUCUUCAAAGACAUAAUAAUAAAUACGAUCUAUUACAAUGUAUCUUAAGUACGUAAAUUCUCAAAGAAAAAAUGAUUUUGUAUGAAAAAAUUACCCUUAUAAUCUUACAAUAAAUAAUUGUUACUACUCAGUAUACAUAAAGAAUAUUGCUUUGUGAAGAGGAAUAGACAGACAUUGCAAUGUAAAAUAAGCAUUUCUAAGUCAUGAAAUCAAACCUCAAAAUAAUAAAAAAAAUUUUAAAUAUGUAUACGCUUGUUUGUGCAAUUUAUGUAUUAUGAGACAAAUGUUUAAUUUGUGAAAUUGUUACAUAGUCAUUUUUAACUUAUUAUAUUGAAUGCCUUGACAACAUGUAGUCUAGUGAUGAAUUAGUGCUUAAAUUUAUAGUGUAUAGGAACGGUUCUUAAGAAUUUAUAUAUUUGUGAUUUAAAAUUUUAUAAUUUUGUAAUUAUUUAUUUUUACUAUGAGUAAACAGUUGUACUACGUUUAGUAAACAGUUGUGCUCCUUA